AUGCUUAUAAUUCUUAGUUUAAUGUUAAUAUUCUAUAUAAUCUAUACAUUCUAUCGAAUCUUUUUUUCGCCUCCUAAUAUUCAAACCCAAGGAAAAUAUGUUCUUAUCAGUGGUUGUGAUACAGGAUUUGGUCAUGAAUUAGCUAUCAAACUUGAUAAACAAGGUUUUAGUGUUCUUGCUGGUGUUUAUCUUCCCAAUAGCGUAAUCUUUCUUAAAGAUAAACUUUCAUCAAAAGCUACUGUCUUCUGUCUUGAUAUUACUAAACAAGAAGAUAUUGAUGCUGCAUUUCAAUUAGUUACCGAAAAAACAAACGUUCUUCAUGGACUUGUGAAUAAUGCUGGUAUUGCUGAUGGUGCUGGUUAUAUUGAUUGGACAUCAAUGGAAAUUAUGCGUAAAGUGAUGAAUGUUAACUUUUUUGGACAUGUUGCAAUGACAAAAAAAUUUUUACCAUUACUUAUUGCUAAACAUGAUUCACGUGUAGUAAACAUAAGUUCUAUGUGUGGUUUUAUUAGUCUUCCAGGUUCAGGUGCUUAUUGUGCAUCAAAAUAUGCAUUAGAAUCAUUUUCUGAUUGUCUUCGUCGUGAAAUGGCUCCAUGGAAUUUACGUGUAUCUCUUGUUGAACCAGGUACAAUGCGAACAACAAUGACUGAAGGUUUAGAAGAAAAAUUGAAAAAUGUUUGGCUUCAAUUACCGAUCGAUAUUAAAAGUCGAUGGGGUGAACAAUUUUUCGAAAGUGUAUUUAAAUUAGUGAUAAAUAGUCCAUUUAUUAGAUAUUCUGAAAAAUCAGAGAAAGUUAUUCGAGUACUUGAACAUGCUAUUAUAAGUACUGUUCCUCGAAUUCGAUAUCGACCUGGUUGGCAAUCAAGUCUUUUCUUUUAUCCAUUAUCUAUUCUUCCUACUUGGUUAGUUGAUAAAAUACUUUCUCUUGGAUUCGGUGUUCCUCCUGAUGGCGUCAAAUAUCAAUUAUGUAGUUGA